CUGUGACGUCAUCAGAUGUAAAUACGGAAGUCGCCAUAUUACUUUUGGUAAACAUCCACACUCAUUGAAGAAUGGGGGGUAUAACAAGUCGAGAUGCAGGGGAAGAAGAAAUCGACACAGCAUCAACUAAUGCUUAUCGAUAUCCUCCUAAGAUUGGUAGCUACUUUGGGAGUUACUUCUACAUGGGAGGGGAGAGGUUUGAGAUGAGUCAGCCCGAGGCCUAUUUAUUUGGUGAGAACUCGGACCUAAACUUCCUGGGAAGCAAACCUAUGCCGUUUCCCUACCAAGGUUCUACCUCUGGAAGUGAGCCAACUAAACCAUUGAAAAGUCUUGUCAACAUCCGCAAAGACUCCCUCAAGUUCGUCAAGGUGGAGGACAGUGAACAGAGACCUGAGGGUGACGAGUCCGAUGAGUCCGACCCAUCCAGCACCAAGUAUAACAUUGAGUUCACCUUCGACUCCGACUCCAAGUGUGCUAUAACUAUCUACUACUUCGCUACAGAGGACGUCAAUAAUGGACAGAUAACGUUUCAGACAAAAGAGGCGUGUUUGAACUCUGAGACCUUCCAUUAUAAGAGGGGCGCCAAUCAACUCUUCUCCCAGUCUACACAUGUCCUGGACCCUAGCAAGUUCUCAGACGAAGAGUGGCAGUAUGACCCUGUCAAGGAGACCAUCCCUGUGGUCAUCAGCUGUGUGGUGGAAGAUGAUGAUCACCCAUGUCACUCUCACAUGACCUACGCUGUCGUGGAGAAGAGCUCAGUGGACGGGGGCUACAUGAUCAAAGCUUUAAAACAGAAACAGUUUGUGGAUGGACUGCUGUAUCUCCUACAGGAAAUCUACGGCAUAGAGAACAAACAGACUGACAGAUCAAAGCUGGAAGAUCCAGAUGAUGAGGUUGAAGACAGUGGGGCGGAAUGUGUCAUCUGUAUGUCAGACAUGCGUGACACACUGAUCCUGCCGUGUCGACACCUGUGUCUGUGCAGUAACUGUGCCGAGUCUCUGCGCUAUCAGGCCUCUAGCUGCCCGAUCUGUCGCUCGCCAUUCCGAGCCCUACUCCAGAUCAGAGCCAUGAGGAAGAAACAACCCUUGUCCGUGCAAACGGGGGAGACUCCGGGGGAGGAGAAUCCAGUCAGCCAGGAGGGGGUACCCACAGGGUACGAGGCGGUGUCCCUGAUAGAGGCUGUCAAUGGACCGUGUAAUCAGUUCUUCUCUGUGGAUGGAGGACUUCAGCUGCCAGUAAGGAACAUAGCACUGGAUGUUGACAGCAGUUACAGAGAGAAGAAACAGAAACUAUCGAAAAGACACAUGAUCAGUGUGAAGACAGAGGACCCUGUGGUGAGCCCCAAUGUAAAACCUGAUGAUAAGAAGGUCUUAGAUGAGGAGGAGGAAGAGAGGAAGAAUGAGGAGCCUCUGGAGGUGGUGAGGAUGGAGAGAAAAUCCUCCAAGAAGGAUGCCACCAAGCCUCAAUAUGCCGUAGGCAAGGAGGUGUCCAACAAAUUGAAUGCAUCCAAGAUAGUCAGUGUUGGUGAGGAUUACAAUACAGACAGUCUGGACAGUAAGGGGAUGCGGACUGCCACUCUACGAGUUUACGAGUCGGAGGCUGACAGUGACUAUGACUUAAAGCCGAUGGGGUUAAAUCAAGGUCACACAUCUACGGAGAAUCUGGCUGAUGACGAGAGAGAGGACAGCUCAGAGGCCGAGCCAGAGCCAGAACCCGAUUACGACGAUGACCUUAUAUCUGGUUCACAGCCAUUGUUAGAAGCAGUGAAGUCUGAGUCAGCGUUGAAUGUGUCUGAGAAACAGGGGUCACCGGACUAUAAAGACAAAGGUCAAACAUAUGUGAAGGGACUCAGUCGCAGCAUGAACGAUGUGAACAGAGACAAUUCAGGCUAUCACCCCCUCUGUCUACAAAGUAACGCCUCUCUCCCAGAGACCUCUACCAGUGGGAAUGAGGCCUCAAGCUUUGGAAGCACGGACAGUUCAGGCAAACUUUUAAUAGACACUGCAGAGAGUACUGAUUGAGAUGUGUAAUGGUGCUUCUUAAGGGAGGGGAGGGGGGCUAGGGGAAUCUUAAAGGAAAUUGUCUACAAAUAGUUGCAUGUGUUGGAAUUUUCUUUGUUUUGUGGAAGUGAAAGCUGGUUUUUUACUUCUCUUUGAUGUAGUUUAUAUACACCAUGAUUGUUUGAAACAAUUAUGGUAAAACUGGGCCCAGUACUUAAUCAGAUUAAUUGUAAAAAUGUUUCCUGAAUUGUUGUUGUACAGUAUAAUGGUCUAUUUAUUGAUUCUCAUUGCUAGUAUCAAUACAUGAGACAUUACGUCAAGAUUAGAGAUUAUUUGUAUAAAGCAUACCAAUGAAAACUUGUAUAUACAUUCAGUUAAGAGUAUUUAUGCUAGGACUUGAUUAUUGUGAAAGAUGAAAGGUUGUGCAGGGUGAAUGAAAUCCUUGUUUGUAUCCUGUGAUGUUGAGUAAAAAUUAAUACAUGUACAUGUGAUUGAAAAAUUAUGAUAAUGGUUAUAGUGUGAUUUCAUAGGCACUUUAUAUUUUAAACAUUCCUAUUGUGUACGUUGUAAAUACAUUCGUUAACAUACAUGUAGGUAAAUUAUAGAAAAUGUUUAAAAUAUCAGUGACUGUGCAAUGAACACUAUACGAACCAGUGCUAUUCCUAGUCGCAACAAGCAGGCGUUCACUGCUCCCAUUGCUAGUUGAUUUUUAUCAGAGGCUGACCGUCUCCCUGUAUUUUUAUUCUGAUCUUGCUGACACAGAUAUGUAUAAAUCCAUCAUAAAAAUGUCAAAAAUAUUCUUCAUUUAAAUUUCAUGUUAAAACAUUACACUUUUCUGUUCUGUCUAAAUGUGAUCAUUUAUAAUAUUGUUUUCAGUGCAUUUCCUUGCUAAACAUUGUAUUUAUUAUAGAUCUUUACUUUUUUGUUGUUCUUCUAUUUUAAAAUUAAACAAUACAAUGCAUUUUCCUUUUGUUCAUACUUUUAUAAUGACUUUGUGUUUUGCAUGAUUGCAGCCACCAUAUUCCUAAGAAGCAAACAAAGAAUGCAUUCUAUUGUUUAUGUGUACUUUCUCUUUGAAUCAUUGAUAUAAAGUAUAGCUGAAUAUGCAUAAAAUUAAAGGAGUACAAUGUAUGUUACAAAGAUGAAAUACUGUGAUUUUAUCAUUAUUCUUUGAAUAAAAAUUUUCGUGGA